AUGAGAGAGAGUCAACAACAAUCAACUGAUUUUUAGAAUUGAAUCGUUCUUAAUUUUUAUUUGUUUUUCUUUCUCUGUCUUUCCUUGAUUGUUAUUCUAUUUGAUUAGAGUUUGUUACAAUUAAUUGUGUUUACAUUGUUUCUAAUUACUUAUUCCAAUGGCUGCUAAUUCAGCCUCUGUUAUUCCCAAUCUUUUUGUUACUGGUUCAACUCAGGAGCGGAAGGAACUGGUGCGUAAAGGUAUACCUGAGCAAUAUCGUGGUCUUGCUUGGCAAUAUUUGUGCAAUGCAACUUCACCCGCUAUUAGAGAAAAAUAUUUCGAAUAUCUUAAACAGGAUUCACCUUGUGAGAAAAUAAUUCGACGUGAUAUUGCUCGUACUUAUCCCGAGCAUGAAUUUUUCAAAGAACAAGAUGGACCCGGUCAAGAAGGUCUAUUCAAUGUGAUGAAAGCUUAUUCAAUACACGAUAGUGAGGUCGGUUAUUGUCAAGGUAGCGCUUUUCUGGUUGGUGUUUUAUUACUUCAUAUGUCACCUGAAAUUGCUUUCGCUGUUCUGGUUAAAUUAAUGGAAGAAUAUCGACUCAGAGAAAUAUAUAAACCCACCAUGGCCGAAUUAGGAUUAUGUAUAUAUCAACUUGAAUGUAUGGUUCAGGAACUUUUACCUGAACUGAAUCGACAUUUCCAACAGCAAAAUUAUAAUACAACCAUGUACGCCUCCUCUUGGUUCCUAACCCUGUUCACAGCAUUUCUACCUUUGCAUAUCGCUGAGAGAGUGAUUGACUUAUUUCUGUCCGAGGGAAUGGAGAUGAUCUUUCGUCUAUCAAUCGCUUUGUUAAUGAUUUGUAAAGAGGAAUUACUUAAGCUUGACAUGGAGGGUCUUCUAGAGUAUUUUAGGAAAGAAAUGCCAGCUCGAUGUGAGAUUGAUCCAGAUUAUCUGGUUACAUUAGCAAUUCAGAUUAAAUAUGAUCAGAAAAAGAUGAAAAAACUAACCAAGGAAUACAAUGCAUUAAAAACCAAAGAGCAAGAAGAACAGGUUGAACUUAGAAAACUACGAACUGAGAAUCGUUUACUUCGUCAGCGGAUUGAAAACUUAGAACAGGAAAGUGGUGAGCUGGCUGAUAAAUUGAUCCAGGGUCAAGUUUGCCGUGCACAGGAAGCGGAAGAUAAUUUUAUUAUUAAACGUGAAUUAUCAACCUUGAAACAGAAGCGUAUUGAUCUAGAGAAAGAGAUUGAAAGAUUGGAAUUAACAAUCAAAGAAUUGAAAGAAAUCAAUGCUCUGAAAAAUUCCCUUGAAUCUAAAGAGGCUGCUCAGGUUAUCGAUUCCUUACAAGAGGAAUUGGUCGCAGUUAAACUGAGAGAUGCUGAAAACAAUGAUGAGAUGAAAAAUCUUCGAGAAAGAAUCAAUCAACUGGAAGAGGUUAAUCAGCGUCUUCGUGAGGUACCACCGGAUCAUGCGGUGGCCCAGUUACAAGAAGAAUUGAUUGCGGUUAAACUUCGUGAAGCUGAGGCCAAUCUAUCGAUGAAACAAUUGAGACAGAAAAUUAGUGAUCUCCAGCUAAUGUGGAAUGAACAUUUGUCCACCUCCCAUGCAAACUCUGACUCCUCCCAACCCAAUAGUUUGGAAACAGCAUCCAAUUCAACUCCUUCAGCCUUAUCGGUAACCUCUAGCCCGUUAAAGAUGCUUGGUAAUUCACUCAAGCGAAGCUCCGACUUUUCAAAUGAGAUUAGCAAGUUAAAACAAGAAUUGAUGAGCGCUAAAUUAAGGGAGGCCGAAGCGGUUGCCGAAUUGAAAGAGUUGCGGCAAAAAGUUAUGGAAUUGGAGACACAGAACCAGGUCAGUUUAAAUCAGAUUCGAAGGCAGGCUGAUGAGAUGAACAAGGUUCGACUCGAACAGGAAUGUGUCACCGAUAAGGAGCGAAAAUUGUUCAAUGAGAUACAAGCAGAGCGACAUAAAUACACUGAACUUGAUGCUAAAUAUAAAGAACAGCAAAUGAUGAAUCGUAUCAAAGAUCUGGAAUUAACUCAAACUAUCGCUGAGCUCAAACAAAAACUUUAUUCAUAUGAAGUAAAGAAGGAAGAAUUAGUUACUGUUAAAAAAUUAAUGGAAAGUGGAAGUGAACCUCAAGAUACCGAUGAACUUCAUGAUCGAAUGGCUGAAUUACAGACAGAGAUGUUUCGACUUGAAAUUCAAAAGAGAAAACUUAAUAAUCUUCACCAUGCAAACGAAACCGCCGCUGAGUAUCUACACCAAUGUAAACCGUAUCAAGGUGAAAACAACAAGGCUGAUCUGACAAUCACUUGAUUACUCUGAUUAGAAUAACUAUAUUUAUCUUUAGCAGCAAUAAUACAUAAUAUAAUUCAUCACAAUUCUUUUAAUAUUAACACAAAGAGUCAAAAAAAAAGGUUACCAACCAACAACUAUUAACGGGACUUCAAGAAGGCAAUUUAACAUCUCCAGAUGAUUUAGUUGAUUGUUGAAAUUGUUCAACAAUAACUAAGUAAUUUCAAAGAACCCCCAAGAAAACAAGCAAUUAAGCAAAAUUAUUUCUCCACAUCGUCAUAAUCACACAAUUGAAAUUUUUUCCACCAACAAGCAAAGGAAACAAAGUUUUUUUUUCACCAAAAAUCAAAACAAACUAAUUGGAUCAAACUUGGCCUCCAAUCUCAAUCAAUUAUUAUCAUAGUCGAAAUCAGUUCAAUCAAAUCAAAAAGAAAUUAACUCAAGGUAGACACACACACACACCAAUCAUCAUCCAAUUUAGGAAAUUUAAACUCACCUGCGGAUCUAUUAUCAUAUUCACCGAGAUCAUCAAGUUCAUUAUCAUCAUCCCGCCAUCAACGUCAUCAUCCAUUCAGCAAAAUCUUUUUGCUUUUUCUUUACUCAAACUGCAAAAAUCGCUCACUCACAAAUUAGCUUAUUCUCUUGCAUCUUCUCUUACUUUUAACCUUUCAAUUCUUUCAAUUCUUUCUUUUUUUCUAUUUAUCUUUUUCUAUUGUUUCAAUUUUACUUUCUUUUUCUUACCUUUUAUCUUAAACUUCCUUUUCUCAAAAUCUCUCUACUCAAUUUUGUUGUUUCUCUUUCCUUUUCCUCUCUCCCUUUAUUUCUCUAAGGUUUUCAUCUUCUUUUUUUCGUCACUACUUUUUUUUCUAAAACAACAACAACAAGCAAAAACAACUAAUUCAUAGCACUAAAGAAAGAGAAAACAAAGAAAAGAAAACGAGAAGAAAACAACAAAAAAAAAUGAUUUUCCAAUCAGCAUCUUCUUUGCCCUCCGGGUUUCUUACCUUUUUCUUAUACUUUAUUCUUAGUUGACUUCGGAUAACACAUAAUAAAGAUACAACACUUUUUUCCUUA